AUGUCAACGAAAGCUGAUAGCUUAGUAAGCGAACUAAGCGACAUGGAUUUAGAUCUGGAGUUAACGCCGCUGGGAAAUGAUGAUAUUAGCGUUCGUGUAAAUAGACGGUUCAAAAAACAAACAGACAAAGGACGGGCAUAUCAAAUCGAGAGGAAGAAAGAACAUUGUAAAUCCAUACAGAAGCGAAUAACCAAAAUAAUGAAGACGAUAGAAGGCUCCAUAACCGAGUGGGACAACGUGCACGAAGUUCAAAACGAUUUAGAAGUAUUCAGUCAACAACUGGUUGAAUUUCAAGCAGCUUAUGAAGCGUGGCGUGGUUUAUUAUCGGGACAAGAGCUCGUUCCGGUAACUGAUUGGUAUGACGAACAUUUUCGAAUAAUGAAUAAUUGUAAAGUCAAAAUAGUCGAUUGGAUUGCCGUGGCUAAAUACAAAAUAGAAGAACAAAUGGAUGACAAGUCAAGCGCCUUGAAGUCCUCAAUCGAGUCUCGUCGAUCGGCCGGUUCAAGACAUUAG